AUGGAGGACGUUCUCAACGCCGUCUCGGCCGAUGGCUCGUCGAUCAUGCCCCGCCUUGCGCCAAACCUGAGCCGACAUUUGCUUUUCCCUCUGAUCCAGUUCGAGAGCGAGAGGGCUGAGGAGCAGGGUCUGGAUGCGAAGGCCAAGGAGAUCCUCUCCGGAAAGAUCAAGCUUCUCGAGGACACAAACAUGACCGAUUACGUCGCGACUCUCUACUGCGAGCUCCACGGUGUCGAGAAUGCUCCCGAGGAGUACAACAAGAAGCGACAGGAGGUUCUUUCACAGUUGGAGAACUACGAGCAAGCCACCGCCAAGAUCGCCGACCUUUUGACUCAGGAUGAGGUCGUCAAUGGACUCCGAAGUGACAAGGUUGCCAACUUGGAGUUCCUUAAGAACCAGCACGGAGUUACCAUGGAAAUGGUCAACGCUCUCUACGACUUUGGUCAGUUCCAGUUCCGAUGCGGUCAGUACGGCCCCGCCGCCGAUAUGCUCUACCAGUUCCGAGUUCUGUCGACCGAUAACGACAAGGUCUCUGCUGCCACCUGGGGUAAGCUGGCCUCCGAGAUCCUCCAGACCAACUGGGAGUCCGCCGUCGAUGAGCUCAAGAACGUGAGGGAAAACAUCGACUCCAAGCUCUUCAACAACCCCCGUGCUCAGCUCGACCACCGAACAAUGCUUCUUCACUGGUCUCUCUUCCCUCUCUUCAACUGGGAGGGUGCCCGCGAGCCCAUCCUGGACAUGUUCUUCUCCGCCCCUUACAUCAACACCAUCCAGACCUCUUGCCCCUGGAUCCUGCGAUACCUGAUCGCUGCCGUUAUCACCGGCCGUGGUCGCGCUCGCAACAGCUCCAUCCAACAAAAGCAGAUCAAGGACAUCAUCCGAUACGUCCGCCAAGAGGCCUACGAGUACACCGACCCCAUCACCCAGUUCGUCAACGCUCUCUACAUCGCCCACGACUUCGAGGCUGCCCGUGAGGCUCUCUCUGCCGCCGCCGAGGUCUGCCGAAGCGACUUCUUCCUUGCCUCUUCCGCCGACGCCUUUGUUGACGCCGCCCGACACCUCAUCUGCGAGAGCUACUGCAAGAUCUUCAGCCGUAUGAACAUCCGCGAUCUCAGCGCUAAGCUCGGCCUGAACCCCGACGAUGGAGAGAAGUGGAUUGUCAACCUGAUCCGCGAGACUCGUUUGGAUGCCAAGAUCGACAGCCAGGACGGCACUGUCGUCAUGAACCACCCCCCUAACAACGUCUACCAGCAGGUCAUUGAGAAGACCAAGGGCGGUUUCUUCAGAACACAAGUCCUCAACGCUGCUGUUAACAAGUAA